GCUCAUGCGUGCCCCGAGUGAAAUAAGUCCCAGGGCCCAUGUAGCCUCACCUCCCAAACCUUCCGGCAGCGCCAAAAAGCGACCUGGAGUGGCGACACAGUGCGCAAGCGCAGCCGGCCGCUGGACCACGGGCCGUGUGAAGUUUGGCACCUUGAUGGAGGUUGUCUGAGGCUUCUGAGGCUGAAGAGAACGACUUCGAGAUCAUGACUCAUGUGGACGAAGCAGCCCGCCGAUUGUCCAAAUCUGGGUCAACUCUCUACGCAGUGCUGGAGCUUAAGAAGGGCGCCUCACCUGAAGACGUCAAAAAGGCCUACAGGAGACUGGCUUUGAAGUAUCAUCCAGACAAGAAUCCAGGGGACCCUCAAGCAGCAGAAAUAUUCAAAGAGAUCAACACAGCCCACUCCGUACUGAGUGACCCUAAGAAGCGGAAAAUUUACGAUCGGCAUGGCUCAUUGGGAAUAUAUAUCUAUGACCACUUUGGCGAAGAAGGCGUCACGUACUAUUUUACGAUGAAUAGUUGUUGGUUCAAGACGCUUGUCAUCCUGUGUGCUCUGCUCACCUGUUGCUGCUGCUGCUGCUGCUGCUGCUUUUGCUGUGGAGCACUUAAGCCACCACCCGAGGAAGCAGCUAAGAAAAAAUAUGAGCCGAACGUCCAGUAUCAACCUCCAAGUUCAGGCUAA